CCCCCCAUCCUCCGCAGGCAGCGGAGAGCAGAGCCGCGGCCAGGGCGAGAGGAUUUACACAAAGCGGAGCGCGGCAGGAAAAGGGGGAGACAACCAACCCCCCCCCCCGCCAAGGCACAUCAUGGCACCCCUCGGGCUCAAGGCGGUGGUUGGAGAAAAGAUCAUGCAUGAUGUCAUCAGGAAGGUGAAGAAGAAGGGCGAGUGGAAGGUGCUGGUGGUGGAUCAGCUCAGCAUGCGCAUGCUCUCUUCCUGCUGCAAGAUGACCGACAUCAUGACGGAGGGGAUAACAAUUGUGGAAGACAUCAACAAGCGCCGAGAACCACUCCCCACCUUGGAGGCCGUGUACCUCAUCACCCCUUCUGAUAAGUCUGUCCAUUCACUCAUCAAUGACUUCAAGGAUCCCCCUACUGUCAAGUACAGGGCUGCCCAUGUCUUCUUCACUGACUCCUGCCCUGAUGCCCUGUUUAAUGAACUGGUGAAAUCUCGUGCGGCCAAAGUCAUCAAGACCCUGACGGAAAUCAACAUAGCCUUCCUUCCCUACGAGUCGCAGGUUUACUCCUUGGAUUCUGCCGACUCUUUCCAAAGCUUCUACAGUCCCCACAAGACCCAGCUGAAGAACCCAAUGCUGGAACGCCUGGCAGAACAGAUUGCCACCCUGUGUGCCACCUUGAAGGAAUAUCCAGCUGUCCGAUACAGAGGAGAUUACAAAGACAACGCCAUGCUGGCCCAGCUAAUCCAGGACAAACUGGACGCCUACAAGGCUGACGAUCCGACCAUGGGCGAGGGUCCGGACAAAGCUCGCUCCCAGCUCCUCAUUCUGGACCGUGGCUUUGACCCCUCAUCUCCCGUGCUGCAUGAACUGACUUUCCAGGCUAUGAGUUACGACCUGCUGCCCGUCGAAAAUGAUGUCUACAAGUAUGAAACAAGCGGCAUCGGAGAGGCCCGGGUGAAGGAGGUUCUCCUGGAUGAGGACGACGACCUGUGGAUCACCUUGCGCCACAAGCACAUUGCAGAGGUGUCCCAGGAGGUCACCCGCUCGCUCAAGGAAUUUUCUUCCAGCAAGAGGAUGAACACAGGCGACAAGACCACUAUGAGGGACCUGUCCCAGAUGCUAAAGAAGAUGCCACAGUACCAAAAAGAACUCAGCAAGUACUCGACUCACCUGCACCUGGCUGAGGACUGCAUGAAGCACUACCAAGGCACCGUGGAUAAGCUCUGCCGCGUUGAACAGGACCUGGCGAUGGGCACUGAUGCCGAAGGGGAGAAGAUCAAGGACCCCAUGAGGGCCAUUGUCCCAAUCCUGCUGGAUGCGAACGUCAGCACCUACGACAAGAUCCGCAUCAUCCUGCUCUACAUAUUCCUGAAGAACGGGAUCACCGAGGAAAACCUGAACAAACUGAUCCAGCACGCUCAGAUCCCACCGGAGGACAGCGAGAUCAUCACCAACAUGGCCCACCUCGGCGUGCCCAUCAUCACAGACUCUACCUUGCGUCGCAGGAGCAAGCCGGAGCGGAAGGAGCGGAUCAGUGAGCAGACCUACCAGCUCUCGCGAUGGACCCCAGUUGUGAAGGACAUCAUGGAGGACACUAUUGAGGACAAACUGGACACCAAGCACUACCCCUAUAUCUCCACCCGCUCCUCGGCCUCCUUCAGCACCACUGCAGUCAGUGCCCGCUAUGGACACUGGCACAAGAACAAGGCCCCUGGUGAGUACAGGGCUGGCCCUCGCCUCAUCAUCUUCAUCCUGGGGGGCGUGAGCCUGAGCGAGAUGCGCUGUGCCUAUGAGGUGACGCAAGCCAGCGGGAAGUGGGAGGUGCUAAUAGGUUCUACUCACAUUCUUACUCCCACCAAAUUUCUCAUGGACCUGAGGCACCCCGACUUCAGGGACUCCACUAGGGUAUCUUUUGAGGAUCAGGCUCCAACAAUGGAGUGAGAGCCAAAGAAACAAAGGUCCACUCACAUCCUCACCCCGCAGAAACUGCUGGACACGCUGAAGAAACUGAAUAAAACAGAUGAAGAAACCAGCAGUUAAAACAAAACAAAGCAAACGAAACGACGACGACUCCACCUCCCUGGCUUAUGGCAGUCCUCCCAUUGGCUGUCCCGCUAAACCUUACUUUGCUGACCUCUGGCUCCAUCUCCCAUCCCCAACCCAGAGCUUUCUCCCUGUUCUUGUUUCUAGAAACCUGUCCACCCCCCACACCACUUGCCCCUCAUUUUAAGCAAAAGUCUUUGUGUUGGGGAGUGGGGUGGGGGGCAGGGAAGCAGACACAAAAUGCAUUGUGUUAAAAAAAAACAACAACCCGAAAAGCAAAAAUAUUUAUUCUCUAUGUAUGUAUCCCAAACCCCCAGCCCAAACGCAUUUUCAAAUAACCCAUUCAUGCAUCGCUAGAGAAGAAUUUUCCACGUGUUUUUCCAGGCUGGAUGGAUGCACAUGAAUUAUUUACAGCUAUGUGAUCUUGUACCUAACCCAGAUGCAAACACAACUGCUCCAUGUAGGGAUUUGCUUGAAUAGGGACGUGGUAGAGUUCUUUCCGUUACUGCUGUCAUUGGGGGGUUUUUUCCAGUUUUUUUUUGGGGGGGGGGAGAGAAGGGGGUGUAUGUGAUUCUUAAAGGUGUAGUUAUUUUGUGUUUCAUGAAGGAAUAUGUUAAAUUGGGGAUUACCCAUGAUUCCGGCAAACCAGUCCCCAAAUCUUCUGAGGCAUCCUCUGCUGACAGAUGUUGAGCAGCCCUCCCCUCUCCCCGAGCAAGGUUCAGGUGAGCACACCUGGACAGCUCAAUCCGAUUGCUGCUGGAGGGGUGACCUCUGGCUUUGCAUGUGUCGGUGGGGCUUCUGAGAACAGCCAGUCAGGACUUUGUCUGGGAGGCGGGGGUACGAUGUGCACUUCCCAAUCAGCUCGUUGGGCUAUCUAGUCUGGUAGCCGGACUCGGAAGGUGGCCAAUGCUUGAUGUUUCAGAGGCAGGGGUAAAAGCCAAACAGUGCACUGCGCUAAUUGCGGGCGAGUCGGGGGCAGAGCUGGGGGGAAACGGCCGAGCUCCGUUCAGUGAUUAGGCGGUUGUGGCCAGAAACUAGCCUCCCCCCGUUUUAAAUUGCAAUCCUAGAGCUAUUUUGCGGGCAGAAAGAAGGGACAUUUUAGCACGAUCUUUCACCACAAAAUAAUGCCCCCUAGAGGGCAGAGCCAGAACCUGCAGGGUGCCCAGACAUCCCUUGCAAUACUAUACUGCAGCCCAUCCGCAUCCUUUCUCAAAUGGUUCAACCCUUUUCCUACCCAGCCUCAGUUUGGCAUAUUCCUUAAAGGAAAUAUAUAUAUAUAUAUAGGGACAUAUUUUUUUUUAAUGUGUACGGUCAAAAAAAAUCUCUCUUUGCUUGCAAAAAAAUGAAUGAAACCAAGGCCGUUUAUAUCUCCGCAUUGAACUUAAGUUAAAAAAAAAAAAAGCUCGAGGCCGUCACCGCCUCGGUUUCCUCUUGAGAUUCCCUUCCGCAGUGACCCUAGUAGCGCCUCCACCGUUCGUUUCUGCUGUUGUCGUCCAGUAGUAAAAUGUUCAUGACUGUGGUAAUUGCCCAAACUCUCCCACCCCGGCCUCCCCGCAUCCCUCUCUCCCAGCGGACUGUGUGUAUAUUAGUUACGGUGUCUCGUGUUGUUCUUACAAGCUUGGCGUAUAGUGGUUAAACUAGACCUUGUUACUUUUCUUUAAGUUAUUUCCUCUUCCUUUCUCCCACUACCUCUGCACUGCGAUAGUUUAGGGGUCCUUUCCCCCCCCAACAAGGAAUUGAACUCCCCUCCCUCCUCCCACCCUGCCCUUCCCAAAUAGACCUCUCGGUUUCAUAGGUGUUUCAACUUUUCCCUUGUCAUCGCCCCUGUUCCUGGCCCAUAACACUAGAUAAGGGCAAAGUCUGUAAACAUUUGCACUGAUAUUUGUUACUUAUUCCUUGCCCCGUCCCCUCCUUUUGAAUUUUUUUUUUAAAUUAGCGUUGUACCUGAUUCAGGAUCUUGUCUGUUGGACAUUUACUGCUUUCUUCUGUUACAGUUAUUUAUAUAAACAAAUAAUUGAUCAAAAAGGAAACAUUUUAAAAGCAUCUUGUCUUGGAACUUGUUUACCUAGAAACUUACUGGAAUCUAAGUGUUUGAAAAGUGUUGAAGCACAAACAUCUAUCAUCUCUGUAUAUCUGUUCUUCUGUACGAAAGCACUCGAGUCAAUAAAUAAAUACGCUCCCA